AUGCUGGAUCCAGAGCCAGGAAUUCCCGACAUGCCCCGGUUCGAGUUCGACAACGGUAUCGUACACAUAACCGUUCAAUUUCAACAACCCCCACUGGAUCGCGUGCUUUUAAAUGAGGGCUUGCAGGACAGACUUGACACGUUCCCGCGCUGGCUCGAGGUAGAAAAGCUCGGACUCAAGGAUCUGGACACGGUCAUAGGACUGGGAACGGCAUACUGUUACCGCGACGUCGACCAUAGGCUCGCCAGCGUGGCAGGUGUCCUCGAGGAUAUUACGAGGCUCGCCACCGUGGCAGGUGUCCUCGCGAAUCUUUCUAAGACACUGCACGCCAUCGAGAGAGGCGAUAUUGGUCCUGGACCGCCGGCGCGUGCACGCGCAGCAGAAGAAUCCGACUGGGAGGAGGAUUCAGAGUCCGAACUGCACGAGAGAGGCUCUGAAGACGAGUGCAAGCACAAGAACACAGGCGGGCCUCAGGCUCGAAACACAAGCCAGCCUGAUUCAGAAGGCAACUCCAAAAAUCAGAAUGCUGGUCACAAUACUAGUACUGAGGGCAAAGAGAGUAUCUAA